AUGGACAAAAUUUUGAAAGAUGAUGAACUAGCAACUGCAUUUGAUUGGAAUAAGAGGGUGAAUGUCAUUAAAGAUGUUGCAAAUGCUCUAUGCUAUAUGCAUCAUCAUUGUUCACCUCCGAUCAUUCAUCGUGAUAUAUCCAGCAAGAAUGUUAUUUUGGAUUUGGAAUAUGUGGCUCAUGUAUCAGACUUCGGACAGCUAAGUUUCUUAAUCCCGAUUCUUCCAACUGGACCUCUUUUGUGGGCACAUUUGGAUAUGCUGCAACGGGUUAAUUUCCUCUUUCAACUUGCAUACACAAUGGAAGUAAAUGAAAAGUGUGAUGUGUAUAGUUUUGGUGUGUUAACCAUGGAAAUACUGUUUGGAAAGCAUCCCGGAGAUGUUGUAUCUGCUUUGUUGCAAUCAAGUCGUAUAUACCAAACAAUUGAUGCUAUGUCAUUGAAUGAUAAGUUGGAUCAACGCCUUCCUCGUCCUACGAAUGAUAUUGGAAAAGAAGUGGUAUCAAUUAUGAGAAUUGCAUGUCUUAAUUGA